GCAAAUCAAAUCAUGAGCUAGUAAAAAGUGGGCAAACCACGAACAUGGAAAAGAGAAAGUCUGAAUUUGCUACGAGUACUAAAUUUUUUGUCAGUACACAUCUCUAAGGCAUCCUCCGGGCCCACCUGUCAGGGACACACCACUCGUCUGUGUUUCGUCUCCUUUUCCCAGUUUUCCCUCCAGUUUUUCGUUCCCGCCAUGGUUUCCCUCCACUCCACUGCUCGCAUCGUCGAUCCCCUCCUGUAUUAAAUCUCCCACCCGCCCCCGCCAAUCCUCCUCCACACGGGCCGCACGUUUCCCAUCCACAUCCCCGCCGUCGCAAGAGCGAGCCGGCCGACCAGGUCAAUCUCCGCCCCCCUCCGUCUCAGGCGAUGGAGCGCCGCAGCCGCGCGGCAGAGUGCCACGGCCGGUUUCUGCGCCCGGGGGCGCUCGCGCGGCUCCGGGACUCGAGGAUCGUCGCCCGCUCGCUCCGGUCGGCGGCUGCCGCGGCGCGCCUCCCGCUCCCGUCGUCUGCCCCUCCUUCGCCCGCGGCUCCCGCGGCGGCGGAGCAGCGGCAAGGCGGCGGCGUGCCGCACUUCCUGUCGGGGACCCCGGCGAGGGGCGCGGCGCGGUACCCGCUCCGGAGGAGGAUGGCGGCGGCAAGGUGCGUGGUGUUCCUGCCGCCGACGCCGGAGGCGGAGGCGUUCCUGAUAUCUGUGUAGAUGGCUCGCUGAAUUUCUUUGGCUUAAAAGGUUAGGUUCUGAUGGGGACAACAGUGGCAACAGCUGUAGAUCUGCUACUGCUCCAGUCUGGUCCUGUGUCGUGAAGUUGUGUUGUGUUGGAGUACAAUUGAUCGAAAAGAAUUUAACAGGGGCAACCCAUCUGAUUGUCAUAAAGACAUUUCUUUACAA